UUGUUGUGAGGUCCUAGAGAGAACUAGCCAUGUCUGGUCGCGGCAAAGGAGGCAAAGGUCUGGGCAAGGGCGGCGCUAAGCGCCACCGAAAGGUGCUGCGCGACAACAUCCAGGGCAUCACCAAGCCCGCCAUCCGCCGCCUGGCCCGCCGCGGCGGCGUCAAGCGCAUCUCCGGCCUCAUCUACGAGGAGACGCGCGGGGUGCUCAAGGUUUUCCUGGAGAACGUCAUCCGCGACGCCGUCACCUACACGGAGCACGCCAAGCGCAAGACGGUCACGGCCAUGGACGUGGUCUACGCGCUCAAGCGCCAGGGCCGCACUCUCUACGGCUUCGGAGGCUGAGCGUCCAGGUUUUCACCUUCGCUUACGAAUCUCAAUCAAAGGCCCUUUUUAGGGCCGCCCACAUACUCGUGAAAAGAGUUGUACCUUUGGUUUUGCUUUCGUUGCCUAUUGCGCUGUGCGUAGUGCCUACCCAGAGAGCGGUCCGCUUGCUUAUUUCGGGGUUGGAGUCAGAAACUUAACGGGCCUUUGCUGACGUUCCCCACCUCUUGUAGGACAGCGCCGGGGCCUCACUUUCUGGCGGAGGCAUCUGCACUGCCAAGACCACAUGCUAUGGUUCUGGUGGCGCGGUUUCCGGGGAUAGCAGGACAAGCUCGCUUUCACCUUUUUUCUUUUUUGGGUGUGGGGGUUGAAUCUGAAAGUACCACUCGCAACUCCCAGGUGGGCGAACUCUCCUGGAAGUUACCAUUACAUGCCUGCUGCUCGUUUACAGAGAAGUUUUUCUCUAGUACUUUGAUCUCUCCCUUAUCUUCUGCCCUGUUUUCCUUCCUGGGUCGUCAGCGCUGAAGUUUGGCACCCGGCAGGUGUCCGCCCUCACUGCGAGUUCUGUCAAGCUCAGUCCUGCGGAGUAGUCACCCAUGCAGCCCGUGGUGCAAGGUUUGAAGGUGCCUUAACACUGACACUGCUCAUUUCCAGCCACAGGCUGGGGAGUCCUAAGCUGUCCGCCUGAGCUGAGUUUGCAGAUUUUCACCUGCUAAACUUGAGGGUUCUAUAUGGUCUUUUGCCAACUUAGUGGCCCAGCCUGUGGCAAGGCCUAACCGUGAAGCAACUAAGGGGGUAGGAAGCUCCCUCAGAAUACACAUCUUCACAGACGCUCUUUCCAGCUCCUUCCUCUUCCUGUAAAUCGCAAAAUUCAGUAGCUGAUUGUUAUGAAACUUUCCAACAGCACAACAAGGUUAUGAAAAGUUAAAAGUUGCCCAAGUUAGAAAAUUCACCUGAGUAUUCAGUGUCUUUGAUUAAACACUUGGGAGAAAUGUGCGGAUGACUUCAAAAAGAAACUUGCAUGAUUACUUUGCAAACAGGCCGUUUAUCAUGAAUAGCGUGUGAAAUAAGUGAGAUUAAGGAGUUAAGUUCUGGGCUGGAAAUUGAAAUUUAGGUGUCAUCAAAAUACAGUCUGCCCUCCAGAUGCCUGGGUCAAAAUAUGGAUUCGACCAACAGUGGAUGGGAAGAAAAGUACUGAAAAAGUGAGGUCUUUCUCUCGUCAUUAUUCCCUAAAUAAUACACUAACAACUACUUACAUAGCAUUUGCAUUGUGUUGAGUAUUAUAAACCUUUUAGAGAUGAUUUAAACUAUACAGGAGGGGAUGCAUGUAAUUUGUAAGCAAAUGCUAUGGUGCUAUUGUACAUAAGAGACUUCAGUAUUUGCAGAUUUUGUUAUGGGAAAGGUGGGCGUCCUGGAACGAACCUGUCUUAGAUACUGAGGGAAGACUGCAAGUGCUGCUACUGGCUGAGAUUAAGAA